AUGGCAAAAGCGAAAGGAUUUCCGAAUAUUUCUUUACCAGAGAAACUAACGAAACCAAAUCCAUUUGUUGAAGACAAAAAACCUAUUGACAAUAAUUUAUUAUCGUUUGUCAGUAAUGGUUUACAUUUUACAACCGAUGUUAUUGAACAAAUAUGUCCUCAUGUGUUACCUUACUCAAGUUUUAAUGGACAUUUAUUAUAUACAUCUCCUGGGAUGGCGAAACAACGUCGACCUCACACAACGCCAAGGCGACCACAUCGUCUGGAACCAAUUACAGAUACGAAUCAUAAGGAAAAUGAUGACAUUAAAGCAAUUAGUUUACCGUAUGCUCGAUGGGCGCAUGCUCAGCGUGUACGAAAACAGAAAAAAAUUGGUGAAAAUAAACAAUUUCAACCAAAAGAAUCAAUAUUUUUCAUGACUGAAAUUGAACCACGAGAAGGUGAUGAUAUGAUUGGUCGACAAGGGCAACGAGAAAUUGAAGAAGAUAAAACAACUACAACGCGUUCAUCGGAUUUAAAUACAGCACGAAUGAGUCAAGAAAUGUUAGAAAAGCAUGCACAAGCUCAAGCAAAGAAAGAUUUUGAAAAUAUGGAAAAAAAUUGGGAUAAAUAUAUGUUUGAGCAUAUGGAUGAGAAUACAGCAAAAUAUAUCAUUCUCAAGCAUGUACACGACGAAUCUAGAAAAGGACGAUUAAUUGAAUAUCUAAAAGAAACUUAUCAUUUAUCAACCAUACCAAACCAAUAUGAAAUUGAAUUGAUCCCAUCUCCAAGAAAAGUUGAAGAUGUUGAAAAAAAGGAUAGUUCAUGGAAAAAACCCGAGAGUAGAUUAUUAGAACGUGCUGAAAAAGCAAAAGAUUCUGAAACGGUUCAAGAUAAACGUCAUACUCCACUUUAUCGUCUACCAAGAGGUCUUCGACGUCAUGCUAAACAAGAAAUGAAAGAAGAAUCUAAUCGAACUGCACAAAAUAUGGUAAUAGAAAAUACUCAAAUUCGUAGAGAGCAAACAUUUUAUGAUAUUAUGUCAGAUAAAAUAUUGAGUACAGUAUAUCGAACUGAUCAUCCAUAUGAACAAGCAAUGAUCAUGGGAACAAAUGUUCAUCAACCAACCGACGAAAAAGGUGUUAUAAGCUUAUCAUCAAAAUUACAAUUUGAUAAAGUGUUACAACAAACGUUACCACCAAAUCCAGAAGCUAUUAGUUCAACUCUUGUAAUGGAUUCAACUGCCGCAUAUGAUCGCUCAAAACCAAGUAAAGGUUUUAGACGUUGGAAAAGUUUACCGAAAGUGAAAGACACGACUCCUUAUAUGCGAUUACCGUCGCCUGAACAAACUGUAGUACCUAAAUGGCGUCGUAAAUGGCAAGUUGGUAGUCAAUGGAUUGAUGCUGAUAUUGAUGAAUUGUAUGGUGACUUGCAAGAUAUUCAUCCACAUGUUCGAUUCACCGCUGUUGUUGUGUGUGCCAGAGCAGCUCAAUAUCGUACACAAAAAGAAAUUGAUUCUGGAUUAAAAGUUCAUUUAUUACCAGAAAAACUGUUAGUAGCAUUAGAAUGUUUACUUCAAGAUACAGUUGAAAGAGUUCGAACAGCGUCGGCUAUAGCACUCUUAACAUUAGAUAGAUAUAGCCAAGAUGCUGAAGAUAUUUUACGCGUCUGUCUUCAGACUGGUAGCCCACUUGAUAAACUAGCGGCCAGUGAAUGUUUAGCUGACUAUGGUAUCACAACAUCAGAUGUUAUUCAUGAACUAUUGAAAAAUUAUUUUGAAGCUGAUGAUGAACUAACACGAGAACAGAUUAUUCUUUAUUUAGUCAAACUUAGUUUAAGAACUAAUCUUGUAUAUAGUCUUGCUGGUGAAUAUUUGAAUUCGGCUGAUGCAGAUGACAGAAUAUUAGCAUGUAAAUUAUUUCCCUUAUUGAGAUCUUAUCCAAAUAAGGAUAUAACUCAAAAACUAACCCAUUUAAUGUGGGAAGACAUAAAUAGUACAGUGAGAAGAAUAUCUGGUCAAGCAUUAGGAAAAUGUGGAUGUGGACAAGCUGUUCAUGAUGAACUUGUUUUAAGAUUACAAAGUAAACAUUGGAAACAUCGUGUUGAAGCAUUAAAAUUGAUUGGUUAUUUAGGUAUUUUGACGGCAAAAUUAAUGCAGCCGUAUAUGAACUGUUUUAAAGAUGAACAUGUUAGCGUGAGAGAUUACGCUUGUCGUACCACGUACAAAAUACAAUUGAGAGACGAAAAUAUAAGAAAUUUACUAGUUGAAGUAGCAAAUUAUGAUUCAAUUGAAAAAGUUCGCUAUUCGGCUAUUGAAGCAUUAGGAUUAUAUGGGAUGUCGAAUGAUGUAGCUCGUCGCGUUUUGUUGUGGGCAGUACGAUACGAUAAAAGUCCAUUAGUUCGCGCAGCUGCUCCAGCCGCAUUAGUUCUGUUAGAAAAAGCCGAUACGGAUAUUCUCGAUACCUUACAAGAUCGCUUUUUGAUCGAAAAAGAACCGAUUGUUGUUAAAUCAUUGAAAGAAGCAUUGGAGCUAUAUGGUUGUAAUUUAAGUCAAGAUAUGCCUAUUGUAGAGGAGAUACGAAAUGAAGUACGAAAAUUAAAUCAAAAAAAUACAAUAUGGGAAAAAAUAACAAAUUUAGAACGAGAAUUACGGAAGGCCGAAGCAAUUGAAAGACUCAUUGCUCCCGAGCCUGAUAGACCAGUUACUCCACCCAUUUCAAAUAUGCAAUCAAUGUCAAAAAUAACAGACAAUGCGUCGAUAUCCUCAUCGGGUUUUUCAAAAGCAAUUCGAGAUGUCGCCGACAACAGUGUUUAUUCUCUACCUGAAAUAUGGACACCAGAAACGAGACAUGAUCCUUCGAUAAAAAAGUCUAAUAAAGCAAAAAAUUUACCAAUAACAACAGUGACAACCACACAACCUGAAGAAUUCUCAGUAAAUGUUUCGAAUUCUGAACAAAUUUCUGAUAUGAAUAAUGCUGAUAAAUCUUAUGGAUUACCAUUAACUUCCUUGAUGCCGGUCUAUGAGGAACAUGAGAAUGAAGAUGAAGACGAAAAUGAACUGUAG